AUGUUGUUGCCUGGUUUAUUUGUCCUUCAAUUACUCAGUUUUGUUGAUGCCUAUCCUAAUGGUGCUCCCACUGGUGCCUGUGAGGAUAUGCUGCCUCGUCAUGGAGUCUUGCCUCAGCCUUCACCAGCUCCCUACAUUCUUCUCACAAACAUGAAGACAUUUCAGCCUGGCAAGCCCAUCACCGUGACUAUAAUUGGACCAGCAUACAGAGGGGUUCUUUUGGAAGCUCGAACAGAUGGCAACACUAAUGCUCUGGGGAGCUGGGUGCUUCCUCCUCCAGACACAAAAUUCCUUCAGUGCUCAGGGAAUCCAAAAGGAGCUGUGACUCACGCCAAUACCAACCUGAAGGGAAACACCACCGUGUACAACUGGAUCCCACCCAGCACCAUGAGUCCUGUUUAUUUCAUUGCCACUGUGGCUCAGCAGCGCACUGUCUUCUGGGUUAAUGUGACGUCCACCACUCUGACCAGCGGUGGGGAAAACUGA